AUGUGAAAACGUCACUUCCUGUCAGGCUGGCUGCGUGAUGGCGGCGCCCCUGACGUCUCUGGCACGUUGACUGCUAACGUAAUCGUGCGUGCGGGUGCUCUUCCACGUUAUCCCGGAACGUAAACUUGUAGAUGACAUUAUUAGAAACAACAGUUAAGAACCAGGCGUGUUGGUAAAUGUAUGUAUGUGCUUUUGUAUUCAAAAAAAAUAAGAGCGUUGUCUGCAACUUACUAGCCUGCUAGCUAACCAGCUAGCUAGCUGCUACAUGUUUACCAAAGGUGACAGGCUAGUGCCAUUGUAGAGUUCAUCUUGGACACAUUUGGGUCGAACGCUUGGUUUUAGUUUGCGUUAUAUCCUCAACUUUACAGAAGAUGGCUCUUCACAGAAUGUCCUUCAGGCUUCGGCAAACGUUGACACAUGCUCGAUGGCUUCAUACGAGUCGAUUGGGCCAGCAGCAGGAAGCUUUGGUGGCUGAGCCAGAACCUGAGCCCUUCUCAGUCUUCAGAACACAGCAGAACGAUCCAGCUUGUCAGUCAGAGAAACACAUUGGACAGUUUUACACAAUACCUUCUGCACACACCCGAACGCUCUUCCCUCACGGGCUCCCCCGACGAUAUCAGCAACAGGUGAAGACGUUUACCGAAGCGGCCGUGAUGGUGAGGCAGCCUGCUUUGGAGGUCAUCUCCUACCUGAAGGAAACGGAUAUGAGCAAACCAGUACAGCGUUAUAUGUUCUAUGGAUUAAAGGGCGGCGGAAAGACUUUAUCUCUCUGUCAUGUCGUCCACUUUUGCUUCACGCAGGGAUGGCUGGUUCUGCAUAUACCUGAUGCUCACAGCUGGGUGAAGAACUGCAAAGAGCUGCUGCGUUCGUCCUUCAACGCCUCUCGCUUGGACCAGCCUUUGCAAGCCACCGAGUGGUUGCGCAACUUCAAAAUCACCAAUGAGCCCUUCCUGUCCAAGUUAAAGACGACGCAGCGGUACGUGUGGACGAAGAGAGAGCUCACCGAGGAGGGAAGACCUCUUGGCGAGCUGGUGGACCAGGGCAUCACUCGUGUGAAGAGCAGCAGCGAUGUGGUGGGAGCGCUGAUGAAGGAGCUGAGGCAGCAGAGCGGGCAGCCGGGCUGUGACUUUCGCCUGGCCGUGGCUGUGGAUGGGGUCAACGCCCUGUGGGGCCAGUCCAGUAUGAAAAAGGAGGACAAGAGCGAGGUGAAUCCAGAUGAGCUCACUCUCAUCUAUAACCUGAGGAAGAUGAUGAGGAACGACUGGACGGGAGGUGCCAUCAUCACCACUCUGUCUCAUACCGGUGCUGUGUACCCGCCCAAAUUAGCUUAUUUGCCCCAGGACCUGAUGGGAGAGAGAGGUUUUGACAACAUGGACCCGUUUAUCCCGGUGUCCGUGCCCUGUUACAGCGAGAAGGAAUUUGAGAGCUGCUACCUCUACUACAUGGACCGCAACUGGCUGCAGCAUCCAAUGACUCGAUCAGAAGAAGGCAAGAAAGAGCUCAUCUUUAUGACUGACAGGAUCCCAUCGUUAAUGGAGAGAAUUUGUGCCUUUCUAUGAAGUCUCAGACAAUAUACGCUCAUGUCACACAAUAAUCUGCAUUCUAAAAAAGCAGAAGCUCAAUAUUCAUGUCUAUAAUGUGUAUCUGUAAAUUAUUCAUUCGUUGUGUUUGCUAAUAAAUUUUUAAAAACCCAA